AUGGCGUCCCUGCGUAGACUUAUCCCCUCACUGGCUAACAGCACCAAAACUGGCACCUUGACGGCGCAGAAACAACAAACAUCCUGGAGAGGCACAAAAGCGCUCAAAGUGUUGGCAGCCGGGGCGUGUGUGACCGCAGCAGCAGCAGCCGGUGCCGCUUACUACUGCUGCUGGACCGACGGUAGAGCUUCUGGGCUGAAGAGCCACGUCGAGGCUCGACUCUUUCAUCUGGCGUUGCCAUCAGUUUCAGCCACAGAUAAGGUAGGUUGGAGUGUGAGCUUUGGGCUUCUCUUUUUUCUAGACUGGAUCCGUUGGAAACAUUUCUCAUGAUUGUACUCACUUGAGCUUUUGUAGGACAUUGUGUCGUAUUACUUUUUGCAUGUCCAGGAUGAAUUGGCAACAUCAUGUUUUCACGUGACACUAGGAUGGUUGAUAUGUCGUCAGAAGGAGCUAUCCCCGAUGUUUGGUGCUGAAAUAGUGAAAUGGUCUAAGUCAUUUCAUGGGUCACGUGACCAAGUUGCCAUAAGUGACUGCUGUUCUUCCUCGUUCAGUCACACAGUGUUCCCUAUAAUGAACAGAGAUGAAACAGUCCAACAAAACCAAACACUGGUUAACAUUUAUUAUAAAGGAUGUUGACACGACACCUGACAGUUUUUGGACAGUCUUGUUGUUCAUAUUGGCAGAAUUUGGGUUAAAAUUCAUAUUACCCCCUCCCCCCAUAAGUGUCUACAGAGGUUAACAAUGAAAACACGAACAAGACCUUUAAAUGUUUAAAGGCUUUCUCACUAUUGACUUAUCUGCUUGGUUCUCUUAUGUGCUGGAUAAUGUUGUAGACUGAAAAGUUUAAAGUGGGUUUUGGACUAUUGGUUGAAUAAGAAUCAUAGUAGGAAUUUCUGGCAUGUCCUCCACUGCCAAAAUACAAGAGGAAAGACAGUCAGGUUUAGGAAGGGAAAACUGUAGGGAGACUUUUAAAGUACAGAAAAACUUGUUUUCUUGAUCAGCAUGUCGGAUAUAAAUAAAUUUACAUUUUUUAAACUUACAAACAGUGAUUAGUUGUGAGGGGAUAAAAACACUUCUGAUGAUUUCUUCUACAAAUUUUUAUCCAGUUUAUUUCUUUACUUUAUUUCUGAUUAAAUAUCAAAUCCCCCCUCCCCCCAUAAGUGUCUACAGAGGUAAAUAGUGAAAACAUGAACAAGACCUUUACAUUUUCAAAGGCUUUCUUAUCUCUAUUCAGUUAGAGUUUUCAUUAUUGACUUAUCUGUUUGGUUCUCUUAUGUGGUGGAUGAUGUUGUAGACUGAGAAGUUUGAAAUGCGUUUGGACUAUUGGUUGAAUAAGAAUCAUAGUAGGAAUUUCUGGCAUGUCCCCCACUGUCAAAAUACAAGAGGAAAGACAGUCAGGUUGAGGAAGGAAAACUGUAGGGAGACUUUUAAAGUACAGAAUAACAUGUUUUGUGAUCAGCAUGUCGGAUAUAAAUAAAUAUACAUUUUUUUAAAACUAACAUAUAGGGAAGAGUGGGGUAAGAUGAGCCAUUUAUCAUAUUUCAGAUCACUACAUCAAGGCAAUCAUAGUUUUGUCUCUAACUAGUGUAUCUGCAUAUAUUUCAAGUGAUAACACAACUGUCUUGAUAAUAUAGCAUGCCAAAAAGUGGUCUCCUAUGGUGAACUUACCCCAUGUUUGGGGUAAGUUGACCCCACUCUCCACCCCAGCCCUCCCUCACCUUCUCUCUCCCUAAAUAACAGUCAAUUCUUCACAUUCAUGUGUAUUUUUAUCUGUUAUACACUAUUCAACUGGUACAAUAUAUUUUUUUUAUUAUUAUGGCAUAUAACUGCUAAAAAGCUGUUUUAUAAAAAAAAGGAAAAAAAACCAUUUCAACAUGAGAAUGUCAGAACAGAACAUUCACAGCUGUAUUUUUAAAAGAAAAAGUAACACAUUUCAACAAUCUGAACUGAAACUCUGAUCCUCUCAUCAGACUCCUUUAUGGCUCAACUUACCUCUGAACUACUAUGAUGACUUUAUUAGUCCUCUAAGCUAAAAUGGUGGACUUUAAUGCUAGGUUUUUUUACCUCAUAUUGUAGCUCAUAGAUACCACUUUUGAUGAAUAAAACAAGUUUAAAAUGAUCUUUUUUGGUCUGACCACAGUUCUGCUAAAACUUAUCACAGACUAAAUUCACUUUCAAGAGUGAAAAAUGUUCUUUUGGAAAUAAAUGUCGAACCCCUUCACCCAUGUGCUUCUAACCUUCACAGACUCCAUGAAUUGAUGCCCAUCUCCUAAAUAUUUGGUCACAUGAUCAACAGGGGGUGGCUCAACUUACCCUUCGGCUCAACUUACCCCACUCUCCCCUAUUGAUUAGUUAUGAGGGGAUCAAAAUACUUCUGAUGGUUUCUUCUACAAAUUUUCUUCCAGUUUAUUUUCUUUAAGUCUUUAUAAAAUUUUUAAGUGUUGCAUCUUUUUCAAUACUGCAUUUUUUAAACUGUGGCACAGUUACUUUGUUUGUCCACUGACUCUUCCAGCACUUAAACCGUCAGUCUCUUUGGCAAAGACAUGUGCAGACAUUGUUGACAGGAUUUUCAUAGAUCACAGGGAUAUAAACAAACAUGCAAACUAUGUCAGUGAGGUCCGGUCUGCCAACCUCUACUCACUAAUACAGAUUCCUUGUUCCAUAACUGCUGGCAGGAGGGAAGAAACCUUGACUGGUGUCCACAGGCUGCAGGAAUCCAGGGACACAGGAAACUGGACACUGGGACUUGGCGGAGGAGCUGACACUUGAUGAGAGGCGGGGGUGGUUAGAGGGGGUUUAAUGGUUAAGCAGAGGGGGGCACACAUUCCCUCGGUGUUUGCUCUGUGCCCAGUAGACCUGGCACUUUGCCACCUGACAGAGAGAUCCACUCCGUCUACACCAGCCCAGCCUUCUGAUCUGGCUUGGUUUGAACAGUUGUAGGGACAUUAUCUGGUGCACAGGGAUGAAAAAUAAGUUUGACAUAACAUGAGCCCCAUUACUGAAUUAAAGCACAGGCCUCUUUGUUGUUUCAAGCAAGUGAAGCUAUUCAUGACAAGAAAAUCUGCAGAUUCCAGAGAAAGCCUUAUCCAGACAGUAUUUUGUCUCAUAUGUUUUAUAUAUGUGUGUGUGUUUGUGUAUUUGCAGGUGAGACCCUUUGGUUUGGAUGAUGGAGAUGUGUACAUGUCAUCGUAUGAAAACAGGUUUCGUCUGUUUAGUUCGGUGGAGUACGAGGGUCAGCUCUUCAUGACGCCUCUCAACUUCAUCGAGUCCAUCACUUUGAAUGAACCCAAAGGUGAGUGCUCUGCUGUUACUCAGCUUCCCCUCCUAUAACCCUGAACAUCCUCUGACCACUGACAGACACAGAAAUCAACUCUUGAUAGAUUUUCUAGCUUCAACAUGCGAGAGUUCUCCAGUUUCUCUUUCACUGUUAAGAAGUGUUUCAUUUUUGUGAUUUUUGACUGCUGUUGUGACAAAAACAUGAAGAUGUUUCUGUGAGCUUGUUCUGAAAUUAAAAAGUGACUUAAUGGUUAAUAUUAUAGACAAAUAGUUUAAUUACACAGAGAAAUAUUUAUUUUUGUGGCCACCCAAUGUUUUGACAUUUGGCAUGAUAGAAAUAUCAAGAUAGUUUCAUCUUUUUCUUAAAAUAGACUUCUUUGCAACUGAGUUAUUUUGAAUCAGAUAUUAAAUUAUGCUUUUUUUGAUCACAUUUCACCACUUAAUUUUGAAAUAAGUCAAAUUAAGAAGUCCCCUUCAUAGAUUUAGAGUUUUCAAAGAUUAGUAUUCAUAAGAGCUCUUCUUUACAUUGAUGCUAGCAGCACUUAGUGCCUGCAUGCUGACUGAGAUUUUAAAGUCCACUCAGUGUGAACUUGAUGUCUUUGUCCGGUGAGUCAUGUUCAUUUCUACAAACUGUGCCAUCUUUUUAUGAAAAGACCUGUUGUCUCAGGAUAGAGAUGAUCUUUUCCUUUGAUAGUUUCUGUCACUGGUUUCAUACGUAAAGACUUUUUUAGGGUAGUUCAGAUUUUUGAAGUAAGGCUUUAAUGAGGUUAACCCAAAGGGGGUCUAGUCAGCUUGGCCUCUUUGUUGAGAAAGUGGCAGAAGGACUUGAACAGAAGCUGGACUACCACCACUGUUGGUGUGAGUGUCGCUCCUUGUGGAGAGCUUGUUUUGCCUGUUUGCUUUUGCAUCAUUCUCACUGGCGUACAAGUUCUUUGCCUUUACUUCACUUUGAUAUAUUUUCAUGCCAGUUAGACAUCAUUUUAAGCAGCAUAUGCUUCGUAUUAUCCAGCAGACACAAAUAUGGAUGUAGAUUUUGCUAUUUCAGCUCAGUAUUCUCUUUUGUGCAGACCAUGUUUUGUGUCAUUAUGCAAUUAAAAAAAAAAACACUUUUGAGUAUGUACGGAUGUGCUGGAAUCCUCUGAUACAGAAAAGUCCUGAAGUCCUGUAAGCAAGUCCCACUUAUGAAGCGAAUUAUGUCCUCAGUAUGUGGGCAUUGGUUCACAGCUGACACGUCUGACCAGCUGAGUCUCGUUCUUUCUCCAGUUAAGGUUUCCUCUGUCGUGUCCAAAGGAAUCCACAUACUGUUGUAUCUCUCAGAGUUACUUGUUUUUUGUGUUUUUGCCUACAGGCCAAUCUAAGUCAGAGAGUUGCAUGCUCAACUCAAAAAGUUCUCAAAGCCUCAUGGUUCUGACUCAGGGUCUACACUGUAAACAAGAAGGCGUUAGCUCUCACCACAAAGGUCCUAAAUUUUAAUAACGCCAAUCAACAGCAGCUUUAAAAGAUAAAAUGUUUCCAGUCGUAAAAUCAGCUAAAUUAAGCAGUAAAGCUGAUUUCAUUUAUAGCUGUUUAUAGGUCAGCUUCUGCUCUCAUUUUCAGGAUGCUCUCUCAUCGAAAGUGCAGAGCUGACCAUCACCCCCCUGUGUCAGAUACUCUUACAUUAAACAUGCAUACCAUAUAGCCCAAUGUCAGAAACAACAACAGUAUAAAAAAGUGUAACUAUCCCUUUAAGUGUGCUGUACUGCAGGUGCUGCUCUGCCUCUACACUCUGUGCUCUAAAGAAAACAGCUUCAUUUGUCAGCAUCCAUUUGCUUAAUUAGUCUUCCAUUAAGUCAUCAGAUAAAUCUCUGCUCCCACAUCCUCCCGUUACUCUGGACUGAAAAAAAGUCCAGGUGUUAGUUCCUGGAACAUUACUUGUUGCUGAGGGCCGCUGAAGUGUCAUCAGACAAUAAGCUGCAGCUCCAACAGCUUCAGUCAUAACACCUGCAUAAAGAUAGACAUCUUUACCAGCAACCCCACUUUUAUGGCUCAUUUAUGUGGCAACAAACUUGCACGGACCAAGAGAGACCAAACAACUUGGCAUGUUAGUCAUAAAUGUAAUGAUAAGGCUCAAAUACUGGCGUUGAUUAUGAUGUAAGGUGUGUGGCCUGUUGUAUUGUUUUCGACAUGGCUUCACUGACAUCUUGUACGGAGAGAAAAUGAGGAGCGCAACGAUGUAUCAGCAUAACUCAUGUCAUUGCUCUCUGCUUGCAAAUGGCUCAUGUGUUGCAAAAACGUGAUGGUUUUAUUGUGGCUGUAAAAAGUAAUGUGUUUUUGCCAUUCCUGUCGAUAUUUGGAAAGCCUUGGGCAUGACCAUCAUGCAUCACUGGUAUUUUUAUUUCAGAGACAAGACGUGAGGCAGCUGUUAUGACCAUUUGAGUGUGAACCAAAACUUUAAGUGCUGCCAUGUAAAUUAUUCAUAUCGGAUCCAUAAGCUAUGCUGGUUAUGAAAUAUUAAUAGAAAACAUGAAAAUCAGGCCUGCUGUGGAGGAGCAAUAUCUGACUGUUAUCUUUGCAUUAUGAUCACUCAGACACCUCACAAGCCAUGAAAUGGCAAUUAUAGCACCAGGCUCUGAAAUAUGUCAGUGUAGGGUUAUUAUCAUCGCUGUUAUCACAGUGAUUUCCAGAGGAGAAUUUUUCUUUUACAAUGCCCUCACCUUAUCUUCUGUUUUAUUGACCACUGGAAUGCACUCCCAGAGGAAAACAGCAUGUGUUUUUGUACACAUCAACAUUGUUGUUCAUCUUUAAUUCCUGCAUUUAUCGUAUUGUAUAAAAAAAUUCAGCUUAUAUUAAUCAAUCCUGGUUUAACAUGUAUCCUCCAGUGACUGUUCACCUCCUUUUGUUUAGGUAGAAGAGUAUGGAAGUCUCUUACAAAAAAGGUAAGUUGCUCUGUCAUCAGCGCACUUGUUGCUGUUCAACCUAAUCUCCUCUUUAUCUGUGUAAAACCUCUGUAUUUACUGUAAUGCCAACAAACGUUGCAUUAGCCAGAGACACAGGUACUUGAAACUGAAUAAUGGAUUUCAGAUUUUCUUUUGUUCGCUCAGGACUUAGACAAGAUGCUGGCUGAUACCCCGCCUGUUUGGAGAGGAUCUUCUAAUUUGUUUAGAAAUCUCCGUGAACGAGGUAAGUCACUCACUUCACAGUGUUAGAGAUUUACCCAUAAAGCCCCAGAGUCCAAGUAAUUCCCUUUCAUGCUUUUUAUUUCUUUAAGGCCCUCCAUGUUUUCUUCAGAGCUUGCUCUGUUGUGCGUAUAAGCCUCCCCAACCCAUAACAGCGAGUGUGUCAUAAAUCCUAUCUUAUCUUUUCAUCAGUCUGGUAACUUUUUGCAGAGUUAUUCUCAAGUAACCUUCUGCAGGUGGAAUGGCCCAUUGAUAAUACACAAAAUGGUCCUUCAUGCUUUCUCACCAGGAAUAAACCAAAACCGGUGUCUUUGUAAACCCAAGGGCAGAAAUAAUGAGUUGUUUAUUUCUAUUUGCAAACUAAGUUGCUCAUAUUUGUUGCACUAUGAGCUUCUAUGAGGCCAAAUGUUCAUUGUUUUCAGAUUUUACUGGGCAAUAAAAAUGCUUUCGGAGUUACACUAGAAAGGAUUUGGAAUAAUAAAUAAAUAGACAUAAAUAAAUGAAAGGCCAAAAGGCUGCUUACCCUGGAGUUGGUAAUAAACCUCUUUUUUAUUUUUAGAAAAUGUUUUGGAAAUUAAAAAAUAUCCUGCACUUAAAAAGAAUAAAUUAAUUCAAAGGGUUUUGUGACACUUUUAUGAGACUUAAAUAUUUCUGUUUGAGUCUUUCAUGUGAAAAAUCUUUAAUUUUCUUAAUUCUAUAACAGAUUUUUGAGCUGAAACAGUGAGAGUACUGUCUUGUUUAGUUCAAGAAUAUGUAGAUUUGUGAAUGUGAUAGUCAGCAGACAUCUCGCCAAGGGUCCUGGGAAACUGAAAAGACUUGUUUUUGAACAUUGACAAAUGAAGAGAUGAAUCAAGCCAACUCUCACUCCUAUUAGUUAGAUCAUUAGAUUGAUGAUGAAAAUAGUAGUAUGUCAUUGCUCCUGGCUAAUACUUGAGGGCUUUGGGAGGGAGCAGUAAGAUUUUGUUCAGAGUCUCGACAUCUUCACAGCUCAGUCUUCUCAGUCCUGUAAGCACACUGAAGUGUACUAGUGUGAGCAGCUGCAGCCUGUAUAGAAAUCUAAUUUUACUCAAUGUGGCUCAAAGAGUGAUUACAUAAUUUACCCUCAAAUCUCAAGUCAUGGAGAAAUAAAGUCAGAGAAGACAUUUUAGAUGUCCCACCUGGGCCUGCAGACUCCCGCUCAGUGGGUCAUACGAGCCAGUGGAGCAUCAAGAUCUCACUGUUCUGCUCUCUCCUCUGUUGCUUUAGCUAAGUGCCAAUGCUGGGAUUUGGGGCUUUUAAUCCUGCUGUUAAACGUUGCAGCUUUGUCAGGGAAAAAAAGGGCUGGAUUGAUCUGUGAACAAAGCAUUGCUCUGGAGAAUGAGGGAGCUGUUUGAACCCAGCUAUGUCGAGACAUGUCCCACCGGCCACCCCCUGAUCACCGCGGACAUUAUGAAGCCUAAGAAUGGCAUUGGAUUACAUCUCCGGGACUGCCACUCUGUAUGAAGUGUUUCUGUGGAAUUCUUUGUAUUGUCUAACAACAUCUACUUGAGCUCAGAGGCUCAGAGGAGGAGGGGGCGUCUCCCUCCAGGAGUAAAGGUGUGUGGUAUUGGUGAAACAUGGCUGGAAUCUUAAAAGUAUUUUUUUCUCUCACUCCUCAACCCGUUUAAGCUUUAAAGGCUUUGAAGCUUCAGAUCUGUUGUCAUUACAGGGCUGUACCUGCCAAACAAAGACAGCUGGAGAGAAAAGAUUGAGCUCUUAGUCAUGGGGAUUUUUUUGAUGAGUUUUGUGCAUUGGCACGCAUCAAAAGUUCAAUUUUUACACCUUAGUUUGAACUUUUUACACGACCUAUUUCACUUUGUAUCACCUGCAGAAGCAGAGUACAGAUGACAUUUUUUCAAUCCUGUUUUUUAUUGAGUUCCUUCUCUCUGGAAAUCUGCCCCUAAAACAAACUCAGUACCCAAAGUCUUUUCCCAUAACACCAAGAGCAGUCACCCAGAACUAUCUGUGCUCAAUUCUCUAUCUUCCCAAGCAAACAAAAGCUUGGGAAUGCUUUCAGAGUCAGAGGGGAGAAGCCUCCUGAGUCGGCCGAGACGUCUCCUGACACUUACUCUUCCCUUCUCUGUGUCACACAACAAAGGGAGCUGAAGGACGCAACACAAAACCUGAAUCGGCCAUUCUCAAUCAGUGACAGAUCACUUGAGAAUGUAUUACACCUUGUUACCCAAACACGAUCAGAAGCCGUGGGCCUUAAAUUUGUUUGGGUUUGUGUCCAGAUAGGUCAGCUCUGUUGUAAAGCCUUUGUUUGUGUGAGGGGAACACCAAGCAUGAAGUAAAAGGCACCUUCUAAGAUGUUAUCGGCGAGCAGGAGAGGAUUACUCUUGUCUGAAGGCGUGCACUGCCUCUCUUUUUCAGAUGGCUUUUUCAUUCUGGACGCCUGACUUUGAAAAUAUCUGUAAACAUUUUCAGCUAACUGAUUGAUGCCGUUUUGUCCAGAAAAGAAGACAUUCUGGUUUUUGUUCUUCAGCUUUAAAUGAUUUGUCUUUUUAUUCCAGGUAUCAUUAGUUACACAGAGUACCUCUUCCUGCUCUGCAUUUUAACAAGUGAGUAUAAAACUGAAUGUGCUGAAAAGGCGAUUAAAGAUGAAAAGUUCUCAGUCUCAUGUAUUUCACUUUUCUUUCUGCUCCAGAGCCCCAUGCGGGCUUCAGGAUUGCUUUUAACAUGUUUGACGCGGAUGGAAAUGAAAUGGUGGACAAAAGGGAGUUUUUGGUGGUAUGAGUCCGUUUUUAAUCAUCAUCAUAAGACAUUAUAGAUAUGAUAAAAUGCUUUUUAUUCACUGUAGUGCAAUCUGUGUAAUUAUGCUUUGUCUUAUCUCCAGUUGGAAGAAAUUUUCCGUAAGAAGAAGGACAAAAAAGAAGUCGCUGAUGACAUGCAAAGACUCGACCAGCAGGUAAAGAUGAAUGUUUUAUCACCAGAGUAUUUAUGAAACCAUUUAAAGUUAGUUUCAGUGCUUUUGAAUGUUGGAAAACUGCAGUUUGAGCUGCUAUAAUGGAACAUCUUUGACUGGAAAACUGUGUGCAUGAUGUAAAAGGUGGAUGGUAGAUGGUUAUCACAGACUCUGCAGGUUCACUCAUUUUUACUUGAUCAGUUUCUGCAGCCAAUGGUGUAAGUCAGGGACCAAAUAUCUGACUUUGUAGUUCAGCUCCUGUGAGGAACUUAAGUUUUUGCUUCGGUUUGUUAUUUCUAAUUUUGUCCUGUAAAUAUGAACGUGCAGUUUAAUUCUCUAUUAUAAAAAAAAGGAAAAAAAAAUGGAAAUCUGUUUUCAUUCACUUUGCUUAAAACCUCUUCUGCAGCAGUGGCUUUGUGCAUUAACAUUACAUUGAAAAAAUAAUUAUUGUAUUUGCUGAUGGUCUGGUUUACAGAGAGACCUCCAUGUUGAUUUCAGACUGUUUGAUGUCAGGCGAAACUCUUUUGUAAGUUGUUUGUGAUUUUGUUGUGAGGCGUCUGAAAGCAAAACUGAUGAAAUGAAGCUUCAUGUCAUGGAAAACUAUGAGCUGAGAGAAUCUCAUUGCUACAUUGCGGCGUUGGUAGAGACAUCACAGGCUGCAGAGAGGUGAAUGUGGUCAUACAGGGUAAAACAUGCCUGAGUCUUUCAUCUUCGUUGGGCUGCCUUAUGCCGCAUGCAGGUGGAUGUAAACAUGCAAAGCUGAAUACAACGAUAAGAGCAACUCUUUGAGGUCUUAUCGCACAAACACAACAUGGAGGAGCUUAUUUCACUGGGACAAAAGUUUGCAUCUGAGGAUAGUCCUGAAUUAAUCUGGAGCCCCUAUAGCCAUCAAAAAGAUCAUUAGAAAGAGCACUCCAGAUUUGGAAACAAACAGAUGCUCUGCAGAAAGACAAAGUUGAAAGUGAAGACUCUGAAUGAAUCAGGAGUUCAGAUUGUGUUCACUUGAAGGCCAUGGCAUGUCAGUCAUGCCUGAAAGCUCAUUUUAUACACUUGUCCUGUUCUUUGAUUCUUGUGCGUUGUGGAUGAAUCUUCUUCUUCUUCUGCUUUUUAUUUGUGUUUCAGAGCCUGCAGCUGUACGGUGGUCACAAAUCUCAGACACACAGUGUGAGUAUUGUUCUCCUCUCUGGAGAGAAAUGGACUGCUAUGCUUGGUGCGUGUGUUUUUGGCAUGCAGUCCUACUGUGAAGUAUUUCUGCAUAGUGCAUUAAAAUAGAAAACGCAUGAGGGUCCGACUCCACCCAUGACUUCAUAUACGAUAACCUUUUUCACAUUCAUUUAAAUUGAGAUGUAUCAGCUUGUGCUUCAACAUUAUCUGUGAGUGUGUGUGUGGUAGUGCAGGGAGAGCACCACGGAUGAUUCAUGUACUCGCUUUGGUGUCAGUGCUGGGACCCAGAUUCCACCUCAAGUCGCUCUUACCUGCAGACUGACAGCAUUUCACCCAGACCCCCAUGUUUUAUUUUUACAGUUUCUUGAGGAGUGGUAUUUGGGCUCAGGUUACCUUUUGUGAUGGGUUUGACCAUGAAGAUGUCCUUCAGAGCGGCAAGCAGUGCAGAGAGAAGCUCUUAACACACACGUAGAAGAGCCUACAGCUAGCUGAGGGACAGAUCUUUUCAGAGGACUGUUUGAAGUCUCUACCUUUGGGUGUGUGUGUUUUUUUGCGUGUUUUGAUUUCUAAAGUUCAAAAGUCCAACUUUUUUCAAAACAUGUAGCAGGCAUGCCUCAGUGCUGUGGUUGGGCUUUCCCCAGCAUAUUCUAAUUACAAGAAUAUCAUGAUCUUUUUAUGGGAUAAGAUGGGAACAGUGCGGCACAUUAAAGAGUUGUUCCAUAAUUAGCUGUGGGAUAAUGUCGUAAAUCUCCUCAUGCUGAAAAAGUGAUGAGGCGCAGAGGAAGAGCUGUUUUAUCAGCUGUCUCGCUUUUCCCCUCAGGCUACAGAGAUGAAAAUACAAAUAAGAUAAAUAACUAUUAUGAGAUGAAGUUAGCUCUGUGUGAAUCUGCGUCUAGUUUGAUGUAAUCAGUGGUGCAACUUUUCAAAGAGCUGAUGUUGGACCGAGUUUAAAACUAUAUUUUAUAAUAUUACAUGAAGAUAAAAUGCGAGUGUUUCCAAAGUCCAUAAAAAGUGUCUCCUGUGAUCUUUCCCUUCAUAACAGGAAAUAGUUUUGACAGCUGAUUUGUAGUGUAGCUGUUACAAGCAGAGUCAAGCGUAGAAAAUCAUGAUUGAUCAAUCAGAGAAGGUUAGCAGGAAGUGACUUUUUUUGGUGUAGAGGCAAAUUUGUUUUAAGUUUUUUUUUGUUGUGUUUAAGUUACUAAUGAUUUUCACAUCAUUCAACUUCAGACAUGAAAAACCAAACUGUUCCUGGAAAAAGUUUCUGCAGUAUUUCACAAGAGGAGAUAAAAGGUGUCUGAUAACCUGCAUCGAGCUCGCAGCGUAGCAUCAAAUGAUGAUGUAUUGGGUGGGUUGGGUUACAUAUUUAGCCUGGCAUGAAUCACUCUUCAGGUCUCACGCCCUGCAUGCUUUGGACAUGUGCUAGUUGUGUUGGAUCAACGUUAUGCCAAGAGGCUGCAUGCAUGGCUGCAGUACAGGCUCACGUCAAGGCUGAUUGGCCUCUCAGACACGCCAUGUCAGUCCAAGUCAGUUUCUGCCUCUUUAACUCUCGGUCCAUCUGCCCCUCUGUAUCUGACUGUGUAUCCCUGUUAGUCUACUUCUCCAUGUAGCUGAGUUUUCACCUUUUACAGUCCGGGCAUUUUCACCUUUUUUGUCUCUCCAAACCGCAUUGUCUCUCAUACCACACUAACAUGUGUCAGAUGCAUUUUGUUUCUCUAACAGCUGUGCUUCAACUGCUGCCACAGGUUCUUAAAAAAGACAGCCAGCAUGUGGAGGCCCGGGGCAUGUGGGAUGUUCUCAGACGCGGCUCGAGUCAAGUUCUGUUUUCUGAUCUCACUGAGGUAGCCGUGCCACCACUAAAAUGCUUCUUCUUUUCUUUGUUAGUACAGCAGGUUCUGACUGUCCCUAGUGUUUUCUCACACUCUUAUUCCUGAAGUGGAACCAGUUCUCAGGGAGAGCCCCUUCAGUAGCCCCCCUUUAGCAUGUUUCAUAGAUCUUUUGCAUUGCAUGUGUUUGUACGGUGCACCACGGUGAAAUGAUAGCGCUGUUUUGUUUCAGGCUUGGUGAAAAAAAUUAACCAUUAACUCUGAGUAAUUAUUCAAUAGCAGAAUCUGGGUAUGGCUAUUAACUUGUAUCUGUGUUUCAUUAAGUAUUUGUCAUUGUUAAUGUUUACCUGAUGUAACUGUGAUACUCUUGAAUAAAGAAAAGCAGAUUCGGCGCAGAUUGACCUAACGUGUGGCUGAGAUGUUGCUGUAGUGAGUUGUGCAGUUUGUGUAACACCUGAGGUGUUUAUCAGUGCGAUGAAGACUCAAAAUGCUCUCACUCUUCCUCUGACAGCAUGUAAAUGAGAAAUCAGAGACAACACUGCUGGUGCAUUUCUUUGGGAAAAAAGGCAAAGCUGAGUUGAAGUUUGAAGAUUUUUACUGGUGAGUAGAGACGCUUUCCAGUCUGUGGCGAUACCCCUGACUAAAAUUAUUACCCCAGACUGUAUCAUGCCCAUUAAUCAUUAUCCUACCACACUGACCCUGAUACAGCUCAGAGGUUUAAGUGUUUCUUUGUACAUGUGAGGUGAGGUUCCUGUGGUGGCAUUUCCCAUCAUCAGCUGACUCCUGUCUCGCUCCUCCAGCUUCAUGGACAACCUGCAGACAGAGAUGCUUGAGAUAGAGUUCCUCUCUUUCUCCAAAGGACUGCCCACCAUUAGCGAGGAAGACUUUGCUCGGAUUCUCCUUCGCUAUACCAACGUGGACGACGUCAGCGGGUAUUUGGAGAAUGUGCGCCACAGCAUACCAGAUGAAAAGGUGUGUUCGUCUUUCUCUUGUUCUGUUUUUAUAUUUCACCUCCGAGAUUUACGAGUUCAAGGGGUCGACUAUGCAAUGGUAAAGUCUUUCUUCAUGGGGUAACACAAAAAACACAACAACAACUGGAGCCCCAAAAAGUGCAGGAGGGAAGGACCAACCCAUAUAUAGAGUACAAAUAUCCAAUAGAUAUGUCUUACCAACAACUUACGAGCUAAAACAAAGUAUUUUUAUUCCUCUCUGCUGAAAUUGUAUUGGAGAUUGUAAGUAUUUUCUAAUUUUUCCUGAUAGAAAGAUGCAUUUUUAAAAGGAAUAAAAUAUGUGGGAGAUAUAAUGAAACGCUUUUUUACUAUCAGUGAGAACACAGGUAUCGAUUCAUCUUGUGCUAAUUAUAGACCAAGUGCUGAAUGGCUCAGCUCAGCACAAAGACCCAGAAGAUACAACCAUCCCAGCUCUUUUUACAACACAACAAAUGUUAGCUGUUUUCAGACUAUACAUUCAGAUCACUUUUUAACCUUUUUCAUAUUUUAAAUGAACAGAGUUUGAAAUUUGAAAUCAGAGCUGAAUUGUUGUAUAGGUUUAGAUAACAGUGCACAUCUUCAGACAGUAUGUGUGAAAGGUUAGUGGGUUUUUUUGUGUGCAUUGUGCUCCUGAAUAAGCUGCUGAGUGAGGCAUCCUCAAUUUAGCUUUAUUUUGUUUUUCCUCUUUGCACACUGACCUGCUGCUCAGCCGCCUUGAGUAGCUUGUUGCUAGAUCUCUAUUGAUGAUCAAGUGGGUCUCAUCGUUGGGCAAAGACAUAUUUUAUGGCCCUCACCUUGUUAGAACAGCAAAGAGUCACAGAUUAGUCAUUACUCCAUUUGUUAGGCUGUGUGUGCUGCCUGUUUGGUGGGGCCCCAGGGGGAGAAGAAGCUAGUAGCUGUGAGAUGGUUGAGUGGACAUCAAUAGGCUCAGUGUUUGAGUCAUCAACCAAGGCUGAGAUGUUUUGGGAUUCAUCACUUUUGUUGUUUUUGUUUAUUUAAGUAUCAGGUUAAUCUGCCUUAGAAAAACCUGCAAACGGCCUGACCUCUUCCCAAAAGCUGCAGUCCUCCCCCCGCUGCUGACAGCUCAGCGUGUCCAUACUGCACAGGGAAAAUCCAGCAGUGUAUACUUUGUCUGUUUGGGUGUGUUAUCUAUCUGAUGGCUUCAAGGUCCCACACACACUAAAGGAUCCUCCGCAGGAUGAAAGAAAAGCAGAUUAUGUGCUGUGUGAAUUGUAGCACUAUCCUUUACUCAAGUGUUGACACAUGUAGCAGUCUGCUUUAUGUGACACCAUAAUAUCUUUAUGUUGUAUGUCACAAGCGCUACCUUUCAUAAAUUCCUGCUGUGCUUUUAUUGUUGGGGUCUCUUUUGCAGGGAAUCACAUUUGAGGAGUUCAGGUCCUUCUUUCAGUUCCUCAACAACCUGGAGGAUUUUACCAUAGCCAUGCAGAUGUACAACUUUGCCAGCCGCUCUGUUGGUCAAGGUAAAGUCUCUCGAUUGAUGCACAGUGUGAAUUUAUGGAAGUUUUAUUAUGUUUAUUUUUCCUAAAGCUCUGGUGAGAGAAUUUCAGUUUGGCGCCCCCUGUGGACAAAUUAGUACAAGCUUAUGUUGUCCUUUUAAUGGCAAAAAAAAAUCUCCUCUUGUCGUCAUUUGCUGUAUUUAGUUGUAAAUUGUGAAAACAGCUUUUUCUUCAGCUGCUCCAGACACCUCCCCCCUCGCACCAGUUUCAACUAGAGAUGCACCGAUCCAUUUUUUCCAAUCCAAUACUGAAACCUGGGCUGAGUGUAUCGGCCGAUAUCCAAUACCGAUACAAUACUACUGUUUAAUGAAUGAACUGUUUACUUUGCCCUGUAAGUGGAGGCAUCAGGCUUGACGUUAGCCUUGUUAAAAAAAGGUAACAAAUUAACACAGAUGUAAAUUUACUUAAUAUUAUUUAUUAACAAAUAACAAAUUGCACAUUAGCACACAGCAAAAAUGAGUAAGACUUCCAUGUAUUUAAAGAAAAAUUAAUUAAAAGAAAAAAAUGGAUCGGCAUCAUUCAUCCAAAAUCUGAUCCAGUUAUUUGUCAAUAUCAGAGCUGAUAUCCGAUCCAAAUACCGGAUCGGUGCACCCCUAGUUUCAACCAUUAAAAUAAAGAAAUAGUCAAUCUUGUCCCUGAUGGUCUUGUCUGCCUGUAGAUUUCAUGAAAAGGAACCAAAAUGAAUUUCAGUUUAUUUUUUGAUGUGAAAUAAUUCCUUAUAGGAGCUUUGAAAAGAGACUUUUGCUUUUUCUGUUUUCUGUUAAGUGUCCUGUCUUGCUGUUGUUAUCGAGUUCUUCAUAAACUACAUAAUCGCCAAACAGACCCCGAGUACAGGACUUCUGAAAACUUGCAGUCACACCGUUUUUAAACCUUCUAAAGUCUCAUUAAAUGCUGUAGGUGGAUAAUUAAUCUCAUUCGAUGCUAAUCACCUGUUUUUCUUCUCCCUUAGAGGAGUUUACCCGGGCUGUCUAUGUGGCCACAGGCAUCAAGCUGACCAAGCACUUGGUCCACACAGUCUUCAAGAUCUUCGAUGAGGACCAUGAUGAUAAACUCAGUCACAAAGAGUUCAUCGGUGUUAUGAAAGACCGGCUGCACCGGGGUGGAGGGGUAAGAACGCAGGAUUCAGUUAGACAUCAUAUCUUUUUAAUAAUGUCGAAAGUGACAGAGGAGAUGUGCCCACCUGGCUCAUGCUCCAUCUGUCAGUGAGGGUGAGCUGGUUCUUGUAGAUGUAGGAGGAGAGUAGCAUGAAGGUGUCAGUGUCUGGACCCCACAGCAGCUUUGACUGAUGUGACGGUCGACCUCUUUCCUGUGACUCGUCAGUCGUAGCUGAUACAUGACACUUGGCUGUAAAGUCAGCUGAGAUCUAAUAGGAUGAAGGACUAACAGGGAAAUAAGGGUUGCUGCUGAGCACAGGGAUAUUUGCUUCUAGUCAAACACAGUAAAUGAGGAGCUCUACUCCAACAACUAUAAGUGUUACAAACACAUGCACUUUCUGAAGGAUGCUGUGUCUAAUUACCUCUAACCCAUUAUGUCUGUAUUACGCUUCUGACUCUUUGUAUAACAAAAGCAGCUCACCUCUGAGGUUAGGAGUAGAGAUUGUGCAAUUAUACUGCCAUCUAGCGGGCAUCAGGAACAGUCUUAUUCUUCUCUCUCCCACACUUACAGGGUGAGGAGAAGUUCACCUCUUUCAAAAGCUGCAUGAAGAAGGAGCUUUCAUCCAAAUAG